CCGACCCUCCACCGCCUUUCUUUUCUCUUCUCUUCUCUUCUUCCCCACGCCAUGUCGUAUUUAUAAGUAACGUCCCUCUCUCUUUCUGUCUCUGUCGCGCACACACUCUCUCUCUCUCUCCAUUACAUUCCCAUGGCUCGCUUCUUCAUCUCCAAGACCAGCACCUUCCUCCACCGCCACCACCCUCACCCUCCCAAACCCCUCUUCACUCUCUCCCUCCGCCACCGAUCCUCCCACUCAGCCAACAACAACGGCACCCUCAUGGAGCUCGACCUCCCCUCCACCUCCUCCUCCUCCAAUGCUGCUGCUGACUACGACGUUACCAUGAGGAUGUUCGACGACCUAAUCCACCGAAUCCUCGUCAGGAAGGCCACACCCGAUUGGCUCCCUUUCGUUCCCGGCUCCUCUUUCUGGGUCCCACCGCGUCCAGCUCCCUCAAAUGUCGUCGAUUUGGUGCAUAAGUUAACCACCGAGGAAGAAAAAUCAAGCAGAUGGUGGAGAUACUGAUGUGGAGUUAAAUAAACCAGAAGGGAUGGAGGGAAUGGUGAAAGUGAAAGUUCUGACAAUCUCAGAUACUGUGGCCCAUGAAGAUGAGGAAGGAUGAACCAGUACCUUAGCCAAGCAAGUUGCUGUGGGUUUUCAUGGUGCAACCUACCUCAUUCAAAAGAAGAAAAAAGAGAGUAACUGAAAAUAAAUAAAAUGCUCUUUUGGAGAUUGAGAAAGCCAUGCACUCAAAUGGAAAUUCGUAUGAGAUACAGUACUGUUUAUUCGGGAUUAGCCCUUCCUUCGCUACGGGAAAAUUCUUUCAUGGGUACAAGUUCAUUGCGGCAUAUUUGGACACACUCGCAUGGGAGUGUAUCUUGAAUAAAGUUAGUGGGACUCGCCUUUGUUGCGAGUGUUUAAAGAUGGGGUGUUCAUUUUGUGCCUAUGGAAGAAUCUGUCCUAAUCUAUCCUUGCUUUACUUGGUAUUAGAGACUCAGCAUUGAUCUGUUUUAACCAGCUUAGCCUGAAUAUAUUACCAAUGUUGUAACCUUGAAUCAUUUCUAAGGUAGGAAUGUAUGUAUUUAUUUAGCUAAUGAAGCAGAAGAUUCUUUCAGUAUUCUUGUGAUUUGGAUAUGAACCUGCACAAUUUAGUGCUUUUAUGUUGUUA